AUGUCGUUCCAUCCUCGAACCCCUCAAAGCCCUUCUCAGUUUUCUCCGGCAACUUCCGAUCUCACAUCGAGCAUGAACAGCUCGGCCCCGUCAACAGCCACAACUCUGCCGACACCCGCCCACAGCGUCAACGGCAGCGCAUCACAGCCCUCCGAUAUGUCGCAGGACAUCGUCAUGGGCGAUGACUCGCCCCAUAAACGCAAGCGCCCACUCGAGGAUUUGGGUGAUCGAGAUCAGAAGAAAGCCCACAUCGAGGAUAGCAAAACUGGUAUCGAGGCACUCCACCUGGAUGUCGGAGAGAAAUACCUACUUUGCCAAACUCCGCACCACGAGAGACUGCCGCGUAUCACGGAAGACCUCUUCGAGAUGUUCAAUCUUUCGGGUAUCGCCGCAGAAGUCGCUCGCGAAAAGCCCAACGGUGAGAAGAACGCUCUGCGGAAGACGUACAAGGGUCAAAUCAAGAAACUCGGAAUUCUCGGCCGCUUCGACUCCGUCGCCCAGGAUUGGGAUGCUCCGAGAGACAAGGACGGCGAGAGUGGCGACAAGAAGAGAGAGGUCUACCACGGCUUCCGGGAAUUGCUGGAGAUUCCCGAUGCCGAGUAUUGGGGCACGCGGAACGACCCUAUCACCAGUGGUCUGUCUGCUACUGUCAAGUCGAUGCUCAACCGAGCAACGACUAUGGCUAAGGGCCCGCUUCCUGUUAAGGAUUGGGACAGCUCAGUUCUCGGAGACCUGACCCCGGGCAGCAUGGAAGCCUUGAGACAGGGUCUCGGUGGCAAGGUGACUGCCCCAGGUACGCCAUCCGCAACCACACCCAACCCCUUUGCGCGAAAGCAGCAACAGGGGCCUCAGGGGGCUGUUCGUCCUCAACGGACAACCAAGAAGCGUGGCUACGGUGAUAACAGCUUCGAGGGAUAUGGCGAAGGCUUCCCUGACGACGGCUACUCUACGGGAGAUGGCGAUGAUAGGGGAGGUCAGAAGCGUCGUAAGAAGGAUAACGGCAACGGCCAGACGUUCCCGAACACGAUGCGUCCGCAAGGCUACGGAUCCAGCGCCGUGGGUGCUUAG